UCCAGAGGGUUAAGUCGAUGCUCUUCUUGUCGCCUUCAGAAGUGCAGGAGACGUAUGCCAUGGUUGUGUCCAAGGCUGCUGCCCUGAUGGGGAAUGCAGAUGUGGGAAUGCAGUCUGAUGGUAAUGUAGAGGAGGGAGGAAGCACUGAAGAGAGUGGUCCUGCUGAUGACACCAGUGAUGAGGACCGACCACCACACACACCAAAAAAAAGGAGAUCCGCACUUGCAAACCUCCUUGGACAAACAUUCCAGCAUGCCAGAUCUUACCUGACCCCAUCAUCAUCACCUAACUCCAAGGCUAAAAAGGAGGUUCAGCAAUAUCAAGAAUCCUCACCUCUACCACUGUCAGAUGAGCCGUUGGGUUGGUGGAAAUCUGAGGCAUGCAAGUACCCACACCUUGCCAAGCUGGCCCAGAGGUACCUGUGUGUGCCAGGGACUAGCGUGCCAUCAGAGAGAAUCUUUUCUACCACCGGUGACAUAAUCUCUGCUCAGAGGUGUGCUCUUACAUCUGAGCAUGCUGAUCAGUUAGUUUUCCUCAAGAAGAAUAUGCCUUGAUGUGUCCACCGUUUACAGUAACUUACUACUGACGUUUCAGUAUUAUGGUUUACACAUGUUAAUGUUCAUGUUGUUUUGUAAUGUUCAUGCACUUUUAUCUGUCUAGAUGUACAGUGUUUACAUUUAAGACCAGGAGGCAGUGAGUUAUUAUGCAAAUGCAUAUUUCUUUGCACAAUGUUGGAAAUGUUGGCAU